AUGGGGAGUUCUGGUGAAGACCCGACCAAGGGCAUCGAUGGAUCAGUGGGCGGGUUGAUUUGGGUCCGCCAGAGAAAUGGGUCGUGGUGGCCCGGCAAGAUUCUCGACCCAGACGAGCUGCCUGAGGGCUCUCUGCCUUCACCAAGAUCAGGGACCCCUGUCAAGCUUCUUGGUAAAGAGGGUUCAAAUGUGGGAUGGUAUAAUCUCGAGAAAUCAAAGAGGGUUAAAGCAUUUCAUAAUGAGGACCAUGAUAAAUGCAUUGAGCAAUUGAAGGCAUCCAAAAAGGCUAUAAAAGAUGAAGCCAUUCUUCAUGUGCUCGAGCUUGAGCUUGAGCUUGAGCCUGAGCUUGAAAGUGGCCGUCCUGGCAAAAACCAUGCUGACCAUGAAUCACCUUCAGCAUCUUAUCUGAGUGAAGAAAGUGAAGUUCCCGAUGAGAAUUCGAGUAGUUCAAGAGGUGGUUCAGGUGAGGGCAUCAAGAAAUUUGACAAAUUGAGAGGUUUGGAUGACCCGAAAGAAGAUGUGUCGAGACAUACAAGUGGGCUCUGGGACUUGAGAAUGAACUUGCCACUUUUGUCACUUAAGAGGAAAAGAUCCAAAGUUGCUAAUAAUCAAGAAAUAUCGAAAAAGAAAAACAAGAGACGUACUUUUACCGAAGUCUUGGAUAGUACUGCAACACUGGUGUCUGCUCGUGUUGACAAAAAUAUGUCGAGCACAAAUGGUGUUUCUUUGAUGGAAACCAAAGAAUCAAAAGAAAAAAACUUGGAUAGCAAUGGAGUGUUGUGUGAUGUUACCCUGAAAAGCAAGCAGAAGGAAAAUGGGAUUUUUAGCAAGCUUGGCGGGAAUGAAUCUUUUGGCAGCUUGUUUGAUGUGUCACUUGUUGCAGAAGAAAAGGGCUCAACAGGCUUGCCCUCCACUACUCCCGACUCAUCGCAGGAAGCAAAACGUGCUGAAAAUUUCAAGAUCUCAUCUUCCCAAAAGAAGGAAAACAACGAGCCGGGCCACACGGGCUCAUCGGUUGCAAAAGGCAAAUAUCCCGAGUGGCAGGCGAAAGGGAAGCGAAACUCCAGGAUCAAUGCAGAUCUCAGUGGGUCCAGUAGACCGAUGUCCCGUCCGGUUUGA